GGGCUGCAGGCCCUCUGCUCUUUAGACUGGAGCCUGGGCCGUCCUCACAUCGGGACCACGGGAUGAAGCAAGUCUUUCCACAUCAGGUGGGUCCUGACGUCACGUAGGGGGCGGGUCGUUGAGUCAGCUAGGUCCUGACGUCACCUAGAGGCGUGUCGUUGAUGUCAGGUGGGUUCUGACGUCAUGGGAGGACAGCGGAACAUAAACAUGAUACCGAACGGAGUCGGAACGGAGCCGUGAGAGGAGCCGUGACGCGCUGGUGCUCGUCCUCCGAGCUCCUGGUCCAACGGGUACACCGGUCUGGAGAGCAAGACGGGUUAGGCGGGAGGACGGUGUUGACCCCGGGACGGUCCCGACGGGAGGACUGGGUGGACCUCAUGCUCCUCGUCGUCUGUACAGCUGAAACUCCUCGCCCUGUCAGCCAAUCACGGCUCAAAGCUUGCGCAUGCUCACUGAGGGAACGGCGUGUUACUAAAUAAACACAAAUUAACACGAAAAAGCUUCAGUCUGAUCCGAACGAGUAUGGAGGGGCAAGCUGGGACUUCGAGACACGGAUACUGUGGCUACUGCAGGCUGGUCUACACUAGACUGGACCAGCAUGUCUCCAGCUCCCGUCACAUGGCCCGGGUGCGUCUGUCCUCCCGAAGCUCCACCCUCAGAGGCUCCGCCCCCAGAGGCUCCACCCUCAGAGGCUCCGCCCCCAGAGGCUCCGCCCUCAGCAGCCUGAUGGAGCGUUUCCUGGAGGACGUCCUGCUGCACCACCCGGACCGCUACGCUGGCUCAAGCCCCCCCCAUGCGGACCUCCCCCCGUUUCCAGGGCCCGGCGUCUCCCACGGCGACGGCCAGUCGCUAGGGAGGCGGGACCCCCUCUCAGGCCCCCCAGCGGCCCACCACAGCCAAUCAGAGAGGCUGCUGUUUGGGGAGGCGGUGCUUGAUGGGCCCUUUUCACCAAUCACAGAGCACGACACAAAACAGUCACCUGAAGACACGCCCCUCAAACACCCACCUCGGAAAGACACGCCCCUCCCACACCCACCUCGGGAGGACACGCCCCUCCUACACUCACCUGGGGAAGACACGCCCCUCCCACACUCACCUGGGGAAGACACGGCCCUCCCACACCCACCUCGGGAAGACACGCCCGUCCCACACUCACCUGGGGAAGACACGGCCCUCCCACACCCACCUCGGGAAGACACGCCCGUCCCACACUCACCUGGGGAAGACAUGCCCCUCCCACACUCACCUGGGGAAGACACGCCCCUCCAACACUCACCUGGGGAAGACAUGCCCCUCCAAUACUCACUUGUCUCCGCCCCCUUCUCGGUUCACAGGAAGUGCCACAGGAAGACUGAGCGCAGGAGAAAACCUUCCUCCUCCUCUUCCUCAUUCUACGCCCCACAGCCUGGCCCCCCCCCCCUCCUCACCAGGGGGUCUGGCUGUAGUUCCCCCGGCCCCCCCCCCCUCCUCACAAGGGGGUCUGGCUGUAGUUCCCCCGGCCUCCUGCAGGGGGGGACGGAGAGCUUCCACUACAGCUCGUCUGGUUCUCAGAGGACGUGUGCGAGCGACUCCUGGGACACACCUGUACAGGCGACCUUAAAGAGCAGGGGGCCCUGCCCACCCACCCAGAUGGGCCAAUCAGAGGCCUGGAAGCUGACCUGUCUGACGGAGAGCCAGGUGAGGCUGGAUAACCUGGUGUACGCCCAGCAGCUAGACUCCGCCCUCAGGACCCUCCCGGUGGAGAGGGGGUGGAGCCGACCUCUAGACUCCGGCCUCAGGACCCUCCCGGCGGAGAGGGGGUGGAGCCGACCUCUAGACUCCGCCCUCAGGACCCUCCCAGCAGACAGGGAGUGGAGCCGACCUCUAGACUCCGCCGACAGGACCCUCCCAGCGGACAGGGGGAGGAGCCGACCUUUAGACUCCGCCCUCAGGACCCUCCCAGCAGACGGUGGGCGUGGCCUACAGGUGGGCUACAGGUGUGUCCCCGUUGAGGAGCUGAGGCCCCGCCCCCGCUACAUCCCAGAGUCCUUCAGGGGGAAGACGCUGGCCCAGGUGCAGUGGGAGGACCAGGAGAAGGUGGAGGCGCUGGUGCAGCAGUUCAGAGGCUCCGCCUUCCUGUGCUACUUCCAGACGGAAGCCCUGGCCAGAUAUGGUGGGAGGAGCCAGGUCGAGGGGAGGCGUGGCCAGGACAAGGAAGUGGAAUCAGAGGAUGCUGCCAAGCUCCUCCCCUUAUUGGAUCACCAUGACGAUGAGGCCCCAGCAUGCACAAGGAGGAGGAGGACGAGGGCGUUCAGAGCGGCGUCACGAUGCCAGGUGGUCAAAGUGAGUCAUGGAACCCAGACUGCCCCAUUGGUCCUCCCAUCUGUCUGUCAGCCAGUCCAGCCCCGCCCCCCCUUGCCUCCAGAGGAGCAGCCAGCCAAUCAGGAGCGGGCCGAGGGCCCGGAGGAGGAGGGGGGGCGGCUUCCCCCCCCCUACUCCGCCCUGCUGGCCCCCCUGCAGCCCGGCGCCCCCCUCCUCCUCCUCCUCGGUCCCCCCGCCCGCCGGGCACCGCCCCCCGGCUCCGCCCCCCAGGCCACGCCCCCCGGCUCCGCCUCCAGCCGCUGCCGGAGGCGGAGCCGGCCGCUGGAGGCGGCGAGGUCGAAGGUCAGGUACCAGCGCCCCCCGCUGCGCUGGUACGACCCGGUCGCCCGCCGUGUCCUGGGGUCACGACCCUGCACGCCCCGCGGCAACACCGUCGCUAGGCAACUGUUCAGGAGCCUCAGCCCCGACCUCAACGCCCACGGGAAGGGAGGGGGGGCGGGCACGCUCCGAGCGGAUCCCCGCGAGCACAGGACGCCCAGGGGGCGUGGCCGCAGGAAAGGGGGGAGGGGUCAGACCCCAGGGAGGGGGAGGGGCCGAAGGCGGGAGAUCAGGGAUGCUUCAUCCCGCCCCCCCCCCGGGAGGAGAGUCGGGCGGCGGGUUGGAGAACUCAGGAAAGUCCCAGGCUCUGAGGGCCCGCUGGAGGCCUCGGCUCGGAGCCCGAGAGUCCGGAGGAAGACGGGCUGCCCCUGCUGCAGCUAG